AUGGGGAAGAUCACCUUCUAUGAGGACCGCAGCUUCCAGGGCCGCCACUAUGAGUGCAGCAGCGACCACUCCAACCUGCAGCCCUACUUCAGCCGCUGCAACUCUGUGCGCGUGGACAGUGGCUGCUGGAUGCUCUAUGAGCAGCCCAACUUCUCAGGGUGCCAGUACUUCCUGCGUCGCGGGGACUACCCUGACUACCAGCAGUGGAUGGGGUUCAGCGACUCUGUGCGCUCCUGCCGCCUCAUCCCGCACGUGAGUGCCGGCUCUCACAGGAUCCGACUGUACGAGAGGGAAGAUUACAGAGGCCAGAUGGUAGAGUUCACCGAGGACUGCCCCUCUCUCCAGGACCGCUUCCACUUCAGUGAGAUCUUCUCUCUCAACGUGCUGGAGGGCUGCUGGGUCCUCUACGAGAUGCCCAACUACCGGGGGCGGCAGUACCUGCUGAGGCCCGGAGAGUACAGGCGCUACCACGACUGGGGCGCCAUGAAUUCCAGGGUGGGCUCUCUGAGGAGAGUCAUGGAUUUCUAUUGA